ACUUCAUACAGACGAAUUCAUUUGAGAUGGACAAAAACACAAAUAAUUUUCUUCUCCCUGGUCCCCCACAACUAUGUCGUGUUAUCCUACCAAUGCCAACUUUAGCCGCACGGGAACGUCCAAAAAUGGAUCAUGGCAAACAAAACGUCUGUUUUAAUGAGGGUGAGCUACAAAUUGGGAUCUCAACAACCCCUGCUGCCAUAACUGAACAGCGACAGAAAAACGACCAAGUUGUAUCCUCGGAGUCUUCUCCUGCGCAAACAAUGUCUGCCACAUCCAGUGCUACAUUUUACAGUCCUGAAAACCGUUCAUCUGUGGAUAUAGAAGGUGCAAUGAUUGACAAGGCAAUAGAAAAUGUGCUGACUCUUCCUCAAGAAUUCCAGGAGGUGGUGACGAUGCAAAAGUUACACAAUGACGAGAUAGCGAAAUUUGAGAAGUGUUUAUCUUCAUCUCUGGAAGAGGAAAAAGAUGCUGCAAACAAGAAUGACGCUGUGUUACAAGACAUUUCUUCUGUUGAUCGAAAAAUUUAUUUCACAAAAGAAUCUUCUGCUUUGAAACAAAAGACGUGUUCCAAACUGUUAAAAGAUAAUGACGUAAUAAUAGCUGGAAUUGAAAAAUUGAACCGAAAGAUGCAAGAUUCUGAAAGUAACCUGGAUGAGGAUUUCAAAAUGAUAUCAAGUUAUGAAGAUAAAAUGAAGGACUACAAAAUUAACGUACAGAGGUGCGAGGCUUCUUCAGAUCUGAUGAGAGAGUUGGCGGAGACAAAGGAAUGUACAGAGCAGCUACAAGAAGAGAGAAACAAAUUACCAGUACAUGUCUCAUGCAUAGAAAAUUUUAGUAACUUUAAAGGGAAAGUUGAAGACCGGAUAAAUGAAAUUAAGAAAUUAAUAUCAGAGGAUGAAAGAGAGAUUGCAGAAAAACGGUACCAAAUUUCGCUUGAGAUGAAAAGACAAGAAAAUGUACAAAAGAGCCUUCAAGUUCUUGAAAAAAGGAAUGCUGCCCAGCUGCUUCGAAUUAAAAAGCAAGUUAAAGAGGCACAGAUGAGAAAUCGUAGCUGGAAAAACCAAAUACAACAACUGGAACAAAAUUUAUCGCUGUUACAGGAAAAAAUUCAAAAUAAUUCUCAGCAGUCAUAAGUUCUGCAAUAAAAUGUACGGACUUGGAAAAAGAUGUGUUGACAUGUAGAAAAUAAGUUAAAGAAUAAAAGUGUGACACUUGUA